CAAAAUUCUGAGCAGGAAAUGGAAUUUGACUUUAGCACAUCAAAAAUCAAAAUCCAAAGCUAACAAACCAAUACAGAGGUUUGAUUUUCAUCUCCAUUAAUGGGCAUGGAUCUUUCGCUCAAGCUCGAGAAAAAGAAAGACGAAGAAAGAUCAAAACACAACUGUGAAAGGGAAGAAGAUGAAGAUGUUGGUGCUAGUGCUAGUGAAGAUAAAGAAGAACAAAUGGUGAAAGAAGGCGAAAUUGAAGAUUCUUGUCUAAGUUCAAGAAAUCGAAAAGAAGAAAACGAACGUGAAGAGCUCUUGCAGAUGCAAAUCGAAAUGAAGCAUGUGAAAGAAGAGAAUACGAGGUUGAGGAAGCUUGUAGAGCAAACCCUUCAAGAUUAUCAUCAGCUCGAGAUGAAAUUCCCGAUAAUCGAUCAAACCAACAAGAUGGAUCUUGAAACGUUUCUUGGGGCACAAGCCAUUGCUAGGAAAAGAGUAAUCGAAAGAUCUGCUUCCUUGAGUUUAGUAGAGGAGGAAUUAGGGCUUUCACUUUCUCUACAGAAAAAGCAGAAACAAGAAGAGAACAAAGAAGCUGAGUCUCAUAACACGCAAAGAUACAAUAGUAGCAGCACCAUUCAGGGGAAAGAUAUAAACACGCAACGUGUCAUAACGUCUACUCCGGGGAACAGAAAGGCCAGGGUGUCUGUAAGAGCGAGAUGUGAAACCGCAACGAUGAAUGAUGGGUGCCAAUGGAGAAAGUAUGGUCAGAAAACUGCGAAAGGGAAUCCAUGUCCAAGAGCCUAUUACCGAUGCACCGUGGCUCCAGGAUGUCCCGUUAGAAAACAGGUGCAAAGGUGUUUAGAAGACAUGUCGAUAUUAAUAACAACGUACGAAGGAACACAUAACCACCCACUUCCGGUCGGAGCAACAGCCAUGGCUUCCACUGCCUCCACUUCUCCAUUCUUGUUACUCGAUUCUAGCGACAACCUCUCUCAUCCUUCAUAUUUUCAACAAAAUGGCAGCGAUAAUCGAUCCAUAAGAAGCUUGAUCAACUUUGAUGAGUCAUCAUCUCGAGGAGGAGGUCAUGUUCCAUCUUCCCAAAACUGGAUGAUUUAGAGUUUCCCCGUCUCUCAUUAUUUCCCUUUGGUCCUUUUAUUUUUAUAUUGUUUAAGUCGCCAACACAUGGAUUCUUGCAUUUACUUGUUCUUGUUUCUUAACAUUUAUGUGUCGUAUAUACAACAAAAUUAAGAUUGUUUGUUUAGUUUGGUUUGAUGUUCACUUAUUUGUAAAAGUAAGGUCAAAUUAGCUAAACGGCCAUGAUAUUCAAUAGCUCAUUGUCAAAUGCCAUGUUAUUUUC